CUCCCAUCCAAAAAGCCGAAGAAAGAAUCAGUCACGUCAUCGUUCUUCUGUGUCCAUCGCUGCGAGACCCGCCAUGGAAGCUCUGAGCUCCUCUGCCGCCACCAUCGUCUCCUCUUCUUCAUCUUCUUCCCUCUCCUUCUUCUCACAGAAGCGAAACAAGGAUUCCGCCUGCCGAUUCCUCCGAUGCCACAAUUCUUCCCCCAAAAACGACGGAGACAACUCAGAUCUGCGCUCGAGCUCCGAUUCGAAAGACUCAAGCAGCAUCGUCCCUUUCUUCAAUCACAACGCCCUCUCCAAGUCCAAUUUCAAUCAGGAUGACGCCAUGGGAUUGGUUCUCAGUGCGGCGUCGCUGAGGGGAUGGACGACUGGUUCGGGAAUGGAAGGGCCGCCGGCACCCGCUGGAGCUGAGGAUGGAUCCAAUACGGAGAAGGUUUCUACCUUACCGUGGUCUCUCUUCACCAAGUCUCCUCGCCGGAGGAUGCGUGUGGCUUUCACUUGCAACGUCUGCGGUCAACGCACAACCAGGGCGAUCAACCCUCACGCCUACACCGAUGGCACCGUGUUUGUUCAGUGCUGUGGAUGCAAUGUGUUUCAUAAGCUGGUGGAUAAUCUGAACUUGUUUCAUGAGAUGAAGUGUUAUGUGAACCCGAGUUUCAAGUACAAGGACUCGAAAUGGGAUGGUGGUGUUUUUAGAUUCUUCGAUGUGGAUGAAGAUGAGGAUGAUCACGAUGGCGAUGAUGGCAAUGUUUCGUUUCCGAUCUAAAGGAAGGCUGGAGAAACCGGAGGAAGGCACAUAUCGAAGGCGAUAAACAUGGAAGAUUUCUUCUACGACAUAAAUCAAAAUGGAUCGAUCUAUUCCUAUACAGAUUCAUCCGAGUCUCCCCAGAAUAAUCUCUGUGGUCUGAGAAGAGCUAUUGAGCUCUUCCCACUACUUCAAUGGCGACUUGGAAGAAGCCGCCAGAACACGAAUUGGCGCCUAGGGUACCGUCUAUGAAACCGUUAGGUCCUCGAGUUUUCUAAUCGUUUAGGGAUCGGCGAGUUUCGUUGUCGGCAGAGUAACCCUGGACAACUUAUGUAUACUGAUUUUGCUUGUUAGCUACAGCAUCUGGUAUGGAUAAGAUUACCUUUGACCCAUUUUGAUGCCAAGCACUACAUUGCUGAAUGCUGGAGCCAUCGUCAAAUCUCCUCCUUUAAUCCUCUCACAAAACUCGUAACUACACACCCCUGCCACAUCACACUGCCACGUCACAAACCAGGAUCCUCAACCAGCCAAUCAGAACAUCUCUGAUAAGAUAAAACCUCAAUCUUUCCAUUGCCCAUUCCACAUUCCAUCCUCUCAUUCCAAUCCCACAGGCCACAAUCUACACCACACAAACCACCAAAAACCUUCAAACAAUAUCUCACCCCAUCUCUUAUAUCUCACACAUCUCAUCCAUUCCCUUCAAUUUCUGCGGCCAAACUUCAGAACACAAAAGCCAGAAACCCAAUUAACCUUCUCCUUUCUAGCUCCAGCCAUGGCCACCGUCACCUCAGCAGCCGUCGCCAUCCCAUCAUUCACCGGCCUCAAGUCGGCCAAGGCCACCGCCGCAGCCACCACCACCGCCAGGGUCUCCGUCGCCGCAGCCCCGAAAUUCGCCGGCGUCAGGGCCUCAAUGAAGGACCUGGGCAUCGCGGUGGCCGCCACGGCCGCCACCGCGAUGCUGGCGGGCAACGCCAUGGCCAUCGACAUCCUGCUCGGCAGCGACGACGGCUCGCUGGCCUUCGUCCCCAACAGCUUCACCGUCGCCGCCGGUGAGACCAUCACGUUCAAGAACAACGCCGGGUUCCCCCACAACAUCGUGUUCGACGAGGACGAGAUCCCCAGCGGCGUGGACGCGUCCAAGAUCUCGAUGUCGGAGGAGGAUCUGCUGAAUGCGCCUGGGGAGACCUACAAGGUGGCCCUGACUGAGAAAGGAGAGUACACUUUCUACUGCUCUCCUCACCAGGGCGCCGGCAUGGUUGGCAAGGUCACUGUUAACUGAGGAAAAAGGGGGAAUUUGAUGUUGUCGCCAUGGUUUCUUACCGCUUGUUGUUGAAUGUAUAAUCGAGGAUUUGAUGAAAAGACUUAAGAGAUUGAAAUGGGUGCGUGUUGGUUUGGGGGAAGAGGAACUUUGCAGUUGGAAUUGGGUUUGAGUUUCUUUCUGCUGGUUUCUUCUUCUUCUUUGCCAUUUCAUCGUUUCAUUGCACAAUUUGUAGAUUUUCGCCAUGUUAUGUAGUAACCCAAAAUAAAUAACAGUGAUAGAUUUUGCGAUGGUUCUUCCCAUGAUACGAGCGAUUGGCGAAGCCGACCCCAUGGGAAUUGCUAUUUGUACCAAACCAAACAAAUCAAAUUUCUAUUAAUCAUAACUAGC